AUGCAAUUUGCUUCAUUUGCAGGAUUAGGUGGGCUAAACUUCAUUUUAUCAUGGGGAGGAAGUGUGGGUGCAGAUUUGAUCAAGAAGUAUCUAGAAAAUGAUUUGAUUGUUAGAAUUCAAAAAGAAUCAUCAUCACCACCAUCACCAACAAUUGAUCCAAAUAGACAUGAAGAUUUAGGAGAUCAACAAAAUGAUGAAAUAACAGUAACUGUAAUUCCUCAAAAUAAAAAUAAAAAUGACAAUAAACCCUUCAUAUUCAAACCUCCAAAGUCAUUAUUGAUCUACCUUUUGGCAUUAUUUAUGAUUAUUACAUAUGGAUCAAUAAAACUUUCAACUUCUUGCAUACCAUUUUAUCAACAAAAUAUUGAAAAAUUUACACCAUCUAAAUUAACCAAGGUUGGGUGUGUCAUCAAAGGAAAUGACAUUUUUGAUGAUAAUCAAUAUUACAUUGACAGAACCAUAGAAUUAGCAAGCAAUAAUAAUGAAUUGAUUUUGUGGUCAGAGGCAGCAGGGCUUGUAACAAAACAGGAAGAAUUGGAUAAUUUGAUUGUGAUAAUGAAAAAUAUUUCAGUUUCUUACAGCACUACUAUUGGGUUUACAUUUCUUGAUGAAAUAAUAAAAGACAGAUCUUAUAAUAGGCUGAUUGUUAUAACACCAAGUGGAGAGGUGGCAAUUGAUUAUAGGAAAUCUCAUUUGGUACCAAUUUCAGAGUCGACACUUACAAGAGGAGAAAAUCAAUUGCAAACUUUUGAAUCAGAUAAUUUUGGAGUGGUAGGAGCAGCUAUUUGUUUUGAUUAUAAUUUUCCUAGCCUAAUUGGUCAGGCAUCAACAAAAAAUGUUGAUUUUAUGUUGGAUUCUAGGCCAUCAGGAAUUUAUCAUCCUCGUAUAAAUGUUAUUAGAACAAUUGAAAAUGGAUUUACCAUGAUGAGAUGUGACAGAUAUGGAAUAUCAGGUGUUUGGGAUUCCAAUGGACAAACUUAUAAUGCAGUACCAACAUUAAGUAAUUUAACAAUAUCAUUUGAUUUUCCAAUCAAAAAACGCACCAAAACUGUUUAUGGG